UUUUUGAGAUGAAAUGAGUGGAGCAUUGGAUACCCAUUGCCUGUAUGUCUGUAUAAUAAUAAUAAUUGUGUUUUGCAGUCAAUAAAUAAUAAUAAUUAUAGUCAAUAAAUUUUAAUAAAUAUAUUCAAUCAAUUAAAUUGAUUGUCCAACAAAAAAAAUUACUAACAUUUUAUUGACUAUUAUAUUAAUAAAUACAUUGUAUUUAAUAAUAAGUGUGUUUUUCAGUGUACAACACGACAGUACAAACCAAAGCAAUAAUAAUAAUAAUAUAUUGAAAUCUAUUUAAAACAACAAUAAUUUUUUAUUGAAAAUUAUUAUCAUUUAGUGUUUAAAUAUCAAUCCAAUUGAUUCACUGAAAUAAUGGCCGGUGCCGCUAAGCGAAUGGAAAAUUUAUCGAAAGUUCGGGACGCGGACAAAGAAUCUGAAUACGGCUAUGUCUAUGCCGUUUCGGGUCCAGUCGUUACCGCCGAAAGGAUGUCCGGCGCCGCUAUGUACGAGUUAGUACGGGUCGGUCACGAGGAAUUGGUCGGCGAAAUUAUUAGACUUGAGUGCGAUAUGGCCACCAUUCAAGUCUACGAGGAGACAUCUGGCGUAACCGUCGGCGAUCCAGUACUCAGGACAGGCAAACCACUGUCCGUAGAGCUCGGACCCGGUAUUAUGGGCAGCAUUUUCGAUGGUAUUCAGCGGCCAUUGAGAGAUAUCCACGAUAUCACCCAAAGCAUAUACAUUCCUAAAGGCAUCAAUACGACUGCCCUCUCCCGUAGUCUUAAAUGGGAUUUUUUCCCCCAAUACGUACGCGUAGGCAGCCAUAUAACUGGUGGCGAUAUUUUCGGUUAUGUUCAUGAAAAUACACUCAUCAAACAUAAGAUAAUAUUGCCGCCCAGAGCCAAGGGAACCGUUACCUAUAUCGCCGAACCGGGAAAUUAUGACUUAAAUGACAUUGUAUUGGAGACCGAAUUUGACGGCCAAAAGACAAAGCACACGAUGAUGCAGGUCUGGCCCGUACGACAGAUGCGACCGGUUACCGAAAAGUUGGCGGCCAAUCAUCCGCUAUUGACCGGCCAGCGUGUAUUGGACUCAUUGUUUCCCUGUGUCCAGGGCGGUACUACCGCUAUUCCCGGCGCUUUCGGUUGCGGCAAAACUGUUAUCUCGCAGGCGCUGUCCAAGUACUCCAACUCGGAUGUCAUCAUUUAUGUCGGUUGCGGCGAAAGAGGCAACGAAAUGGCUGAAGUACUUCGCGAUUUUCCUGAAUUAACUGUCGAAGUUGAUGGACAAACCGAGUCUAUUAUGAAACGAACCACACUAGUGGCCAACACAUCCAAUAUGCCGGUCGCUGCCCGUGAAGCUUCCAUCUAUACUGGUAUUACAUUAGCCGAAUAUUUCCGAGACAUGGGCUACAAUGUGUCUAUGAUGGCUGACUCCACUUCUCGAUGGGCCGAAGCGUUGCGUGAAAUUUCUGGUCGUUUAGCCGAAAUGCCUGCCGACUCAGGUUAUCCGGCCUACUUGAGCGCCCGGUUAGCCUCAUUCUACGAAAGAGCCGGUCGUGUUAAAUGUAUUGGUAAUCCGGAACGCGAGGGUAGUGUAUCCAUUGUGGGUGCCGUCUCGCCGCCCGGCGGUGACUUCUCCGAUCCCGUAACAUCGGCUACGUUGGGUAUCGUACAGGUAUUCUGGGGUUUAGACAAAAAACUUGCACAACGAAAACACUUUCCGUCAAUCAAUUGGUUGGUCUCACACAGUAAAUACACCCGUGCUUUGGAUGAAUUUUAUGACCGAAAUUAUCCCGAUUUUGUUCCCUACAGAAUAAAGUGUCAACAAAUUCUUCAAGAAGAAGAAGAUCUCUCGGAAAUCGUACAAUUGGUCGGUAAGGCAUCGUUGGCCGAGAGCGACAAAAUUACACUAGAAGUGGCCAAACUUCUACAGGAAGACUUUCUUCAGCAAAAUUCCUAUACACCGUACGACAGAUUCUGUCCGUUUUACAAGACCUCUGGUAUCCUGAGGAAUAUGAUUACAUUUUACGAUUUGGCCAAACAUGCAGUCGAAUCAACAGCACAGGGAGAGAACAGGAUCACCUAUGCCACCAUCAGAGAGGCUAUGGGCGACAUACUCUACCAGUUGAGCUCAAUGAAGUUUAAGGAUCCGGUCAAAGAUGGAGAGACACAGAUCCGCAAAGACUUUGAUGAACUCUACGAGAAUAUGCAGACAGCGUUCAGAAACUUAGAGGACUAAUAAUAGGGCAUAUAAUUAAUUAUGUGAAUCAGUUUAUAUAAUUAUUAUUAUUAUUAAUUAAUUAAUUAAUUAUU